AUGAAUUUAUCAAAGGAAACCGUUAUUAAGAUCGAUGAGCCCUUGAACAGACUCCCACAAAACAAUGGACAAAAUGUGAAAUCCGAUAUUAAUAUAUUGUGCUUGGAUAUUACUCCGUAUAGUCCUCUAGUACAAUUUGCGUGCUGUUCGAUAUUUGUAUUUAUUUGCUAUUUAGCAUAUGGAUAUUUUCUAGAAUUAAUAUUUUCUGGGCCUGAAGUCAAACCAGUGAGCCUUUAUAUAACAUUAAUUCAAUUCUUAAUAACAAUGGUGUUAAGUUACAUUGAAUCACUUAUAAGAAACCCAAUAAAAAGAAAAGUACCAAUAAGAACUUAUGCAAUAUUGGCUGCCUUAACAUUAGGUACUAUGUCAUUUUCAAACUUAGCUUUAAGUUAUUUAAACUACCCAACUCAAUUGAUAUUCAAGAGUUGUAAAUUAAUACCAGUGAUGAUAGGCAGUAUUAUUAUUUUGGGGAAAAGAUAUGGAUUCCUUGAUUAUAUAGCAGCCAUUAUCAUGUGUAUCGGAUUGACCAUGUUCACUUUGGCUGAUUCAAAGACAUCACCGAAUUUUGAUAUAAUAGGUGUGAUAGUUAUAUCUCUAGCAUUGCUAUGUGAUGCAAUUAUAGGCAAUGUACAAGAAAAGGCAAUGAAACAAUUCCAAGCGAGUAACAAUGAAGUUGUGUUCUAUUCAUAUGCAAUAGCCUGUGUAUACUUGAUUGUGAUUACUGGCUUCAGCGGCAUACUGACAGAUGGUUUUAGUUAUUGUGCUCAGAAACCAACAACAAUGUAUUCAAACAUAUUCCUGCUAAGUAUUAGUGGGUACAUGGGUCUACAAGCAGUGCUCACGUUAGUACGAAUAUGUGGCGCCACCGUCGCAGUUACUGUUACAACUAUGAGGAAAGCUUUAUCGAUUGUUAUAUCGUUCUUGUUGUUCAGCAAGCCUUUUGUUUUUCAAUAUGCUUGGUCGGGUAUGUUGGUAGCAUUGGCGAUCUAUCUCAACCACUACAGCAAGAAGAAUCCUCACUAUGUUCCUAUGCCUAUUUCACAAUGUUGCCACUACCUACAAUCGUUUUACCAGUCUGAGUAUAGAUAUCUUAGGAUAAAAAGCAAAAUGUAUGCAGAUACUGUA